AUGUCAAAGCCAAACUCCACAUUUGUGACUGAGUUCCUCUUUGAAGGUUUCUCCAACUUUCAGUGGCACCACAGGUUGAUCUUCUUUGUAGUGUUCCUGAUAUUGUACCUGCUGAACCUGUCCGGAAACAUGAUUAUUGUGACCAUUAUUCGCUUGGACCGUCACCUGCACACUCCCAUGUACUUCUUUCUGUGCAUGCUCUCCAUCUCUGAGACCUGCUACACUGUGACCAUCAUUCCACGGAUGCUUUUUGGCCUCCUCAAUCCUCAGCAGACUAUUUCUUUUCCGGGCUGUGGCGCCCAGCUCUUCUUCUAUCUAAUGUUUGGUGCUAACAACUGCUUCUUGCUCACGGCCAUGGGAUAUGAUCGCUAUGUGGCCAUUUGUAAACCCCUAAGAUAUUCUGUCAUUAUGAGCAAAGCAACUUGCACCCGUAUACAAUUUGUAUCACUUGUGACUGGCCUGAUCAUAGCCACUGUUCAUGUAACAUAUAUGUUUAAAUUGUCAUUCUGUGAUAAGUUUGUCAUCCCCCACUUCUUUUGUGAUGUGAGACCCAUGCUGAAACUGUCCUGCACAGAUACCACUGUUAAUGAAAUUAUCAAUAUUGUUUUCAGUCUCUGUGCUCUGGUUCUGCCCAUGUGCCUAGUGUUCAUCUCCUAUGUCCUCAUCAUCUCCUCCAUCCUUAAGAUUGCUUCAGCUGAGGGGCGGAAGAAGACCUUUGCCACCUGUGCCUCCCACCUCACGGUGUUCAUCAUCCACUAUGUCUGUGCCUCUUUUGUUUACCUCAAGCCUGAGUCCGAGAGUUCCAUGGAGCAGGACAGACUCAUCUCAGUGACCUACACUGUCAUCACCCCCCUGCUGAACCCUGUUGUCUACAGCAUGAGGAAUAAGGAGGUCAGAGUUGCUGUGUGCAGAGUCCUAGGGCUAAAAUAUCUCUCAUCAUAA